UAACUCGCUUCAGAUUACUACAUCACUUUUAUAUACCCGUUACACUUUGAAUAUACAUAGAAUGAGCGGUGAUUUAGUUGGUCGCUGGUUCUGCAUCGAUGGGGAAGAAGGGGUUGUACGAUACUCUGGGCCGGUUGAUGACACCAAGGGCACCUGGCUCGGCGUCGAGUGGAAAUCUCCCGAACGCGGCAAGCACUCAGGCACACACAACGGCAAAGAGUACUUUGUCUGCAGCGUCCCUGGCCGCGGCUCCUUUAUCCGCCACAUUGCCCGCAUCGACUUUGGUCAGUCUGUUCUGAGUGCAGCCAAAGCGAGGUACAUUGCAGACGCAGAAGAACUUACGAAUGUGCCCAAGAAUAUCGACGGGAGGCGCGGUAAGAUUGAGGUUGUCGGGUUCGAUAAGAUUGCUCGCGAGCAGGGGCAGCUAACGUCGCUAGAUGUGCUGUGGCUCGAUGGCAGGCGUGUGUUUGGUAUUUCAGACGCUGACCGUGAGGAGACCAAGGGGACACUGGCAGCAGUUCAUACGCUGGUCCUGGCUAGAGACUUCCUGACUCAGUGGUCACAGGUCGAGGACAUCUUGCAUACAUUGCCGAACAUCCAUACCCUGGAUCUGAGCGCGAACCACUUUGAUAAAAUUCGCACGUCGACAGAGCAGCACCAUGUGGAGACAUUGCGAAUUGACUCUUCGCCAGAGCUUUCGUGGCUGGAUGCCGCUAAUGCCGCUAAUAACCUGGCGGUCAGGUCGCUGUCAUUUGGAUGGAGCGGGUUGGCAGAAAUUGCGCCGAUUGAGCUGGCCUUUGUCGAGGAGCUCCAUUUGGAGUGCAAUCAGCUGUCAGAUUUUGCCACUCUGGGCAUGUGCCUACCGAAUCUCAGGACACUGAACUUGAGUGGCAACAAGAACCUGAAAACGAUCCCAAUGUUCAAGAGCGGUAUGUUCCCAAGCCUGCAUACACUGAACCUGACCAGCACGCAGGUCGCAUCGUGGGCAGACGUAGACAACCUCGCUGGCCUUCCUAGCCUGACCACCCUACACUUGACCAAGACUCCGGUCGUCAGCGGCGAUUACAACCUGGCACGGGCACAGGCAAUUGGUCGGCUUUUACAGUUGGAAAAACUAGACGGCACAAUGAUUACGCGAGAGGAGCGCACUGAGAUGGAGCGCUAUUACCUUGCGCACUGUGCCAGAUCGAUCGAGGAGCCUGGUGAUGAUCUGGCGGCGGCAAUGGCCAUGAAGUAUCAGAAUAUUGCCGUGCUGGCCCACAAGCACGGGCUGCCAGCUACUGCCGGCAAACCAAAACCAGCCACGCUAAGGUCGCGGCUGGUCAAGUUUACACUGCAGGUGGCCAGUGACCUUGAGUCGGAGCCGACGAGCGAGCAGGAAAAGUCACUGCUGCCGACAAUGCAGGUGCGCCAGCUGAAGCCGCUGCUGAUACGCUUGGCAAAGAAUCGCAAGUUUUGUGUGUAUUUGCGUGAAGAGGAGCAAGGGCCGUGGAUUGAGCUUGACAACGAUACAAGGAGCCUAGGAUUCUACAGCAUUGGUGAUGGUGCGGUGUUGCGGGCGGUCGUUUAGCAGAUUCUUUUUCACAUAUAUCAGUGGAUGUGGAGUGCGAAUGGCAGGCAUAG